AUGGGGAAGGUUACGAGGAAACCGCAGGAGAAGCACAAGGCGUCGUUGUCCCCAGCGGUAUCAGAGUUGGUCAAGCAGGCUUCCACCAUCCCUUUGGCCGACAUUCCAGCUCUCUUCGGCAGCUGGUCGCCAAGAUGGGCCUUCCCCCGUGGCGAUCUCAACAACUGGAUUGAACCUCUCGAUCGAUUUGACAGCAUCCUCCAGUCCUUCAACUCAAGAUAUGGCCUGGACAAAGGUCCGCAGACAAUACCAUUCGGCUCGUCGAUAGUACUUGAGGGGAGCCCGGGGUUGAAUGAGGAGGGUCUGAGACAGCGAGGAUUUGGCCCAGAGGGUGACAGAGAACUGGUCGAGGCUAUCCUGGGAUUUUCCAAACUUCUGGUGGAAAAAUGUGCAAACCGAGCCGUCUACAAUAGCACAGAUCGCUUGAAUGAUCUGCUACAUACCACCUCACUGUCGCUCCUGCACAGCACUCUACGAAUCACCUCCUCCCUGGCACAGCGGUACGGAGGCGUUCGCCCCUCUCCUCAAGGACCGAAAUUCUAUGAGUUCGAUACUGAGCGAAUCCAGAGACUAGCGGCGCCCUUUGGGCCCUCUCCAGCAAACGUCAAGCGUGGACCACCAUCUCCAGUCAAGGCCAAAUCCAAGGAGAAACUUCCACAUAGUGGCGGCAAGCCGAGGCGCGGCUCGACUGCAAUCAAUCCAAAUGACUUCCGGGCCCUCUGCAAGGAAGCCCCACAACAUGGUGAUCGUGGGAAAUCCUCAUCAGCUGGGCUUGAUCGAGAUUGGCUUCCAUGGGCUCACCAUGUCAAAGUCUGGUGGGAAAGAUCGAGUCCCGCACCCGGGGCUCCAUCUGCGGAAGAAUUACCAUCGGUGACAGAGUACCCGCCCACGCCUACACGCGUCCGCCCGUCGUCGACAGCACUCGAUACGGCGAAUACUAACGGCUUAUCCAAUGAGACUGGCAAUAGUAAAGCUAUCCACGCACAGGGUUCAUCGAAUAGCAGCUGGAAGAGCCUCGAAUUUUCGCCCUCCGAUCUGUCAACAACAACCAUUGAGACGAUUUUGCGCGACCACCUCUCAGAAGAUAUGCCGCCAAAGGUUCGAUACGAGCUGCUGCACCAGCUUCGUGUCGCCUAUGCUCUGAUCACGUCCUCAAAGACUCGAAAGGAGCUAUUAUCGGUGCGACUCUUGGCCGUUGCUAGUUUGGCGAAUGUCUUUAGCGAACCGGACCUCACGCAGAAAUUGUUUUCGACAGAAAAGCCUCAGGAAUUCAUUCAACAGGUUGUUGGCCUUCUUCACGAGACGAAGAAAGGUCACACCGGUAUCCCCAUCUAUCUUCAAACUUUGGCCAUGGAGACGAUGUCUUUCCUGGCACAUUCCAAAUCUUUCGCUUCCGAGAUCCAUGCUGCAUUGGGUGCAGGAUCAAGUCAAGGACUCCUUUCUCAAUUGAUCCAAAGAGGCCUGAACGACAUUGCUCGAGAGGAUGACGAUAUUAAUUACGUGGCUGGAGACGAUUGGAGAGACGCGAUCUUCACCCUGCCGCGGACACUCAUUGAGGUCACCGGACACCAUGGACGCUCUAGCGAGGCGGUCAUAGCUUCGAGCUUCAUCACCUUGUAUCUCUCUGGUUUCAAUGUUACAACCUCAAAGGCCAUGAGGGUGCAUCUGCGGAUGCUAGACUUCAUCAAGACCUUCUUCCAUCAUUUCAAAGACGGUCUGGCAACUUUAUUGAGCAACAAUGCUUUCGAGGCCAUAUGCAACCUCUUAAGUACUCUCGUGACAGGUGCUUGGGAUCUGCUCAAUGCUGGCGAAGGAAUACCGGCACAUCAUAAGACGCGCGCUACGGACUACGAAAUCCCCUACAUGCACCAGCAAAUAAUUCGAUCCAUCAUUGAUAUGAUCAAUGACAUUAGCGGCCAUCAGGGCCAGCAGGCUGAUCGGGUUUUGAGGAGUCUCGUCGACUCUCAGGCAUUGCUCCGUGCCUUUCGACUUAUUGUUGAUCACCUGACCGCUUUUGGUGCGCAUACAUGGAGCGAAGUCAUCAAGGCCAUCUGUGGAUUUCUCCACAAUGAGCCAACAAGCUAUACAGUGAUAUCCGAAGCAGGUAUCAUUCAGAGCAUACUAAAGACCGUCAACCCGUCAUCAAAUGCCUCAGAAAGUCCGGCGAACCAGAAGCGGCCAAAGUCAAUAUCGUCGGUUCCUGAAAAUCGACCGCAAGGCAUUCCACCCGUUGUCGAUGCAAUUGUCAGCAUAUCCCAGGCCUUUGGCGCUAUCUGUCUGACGAGUGCGGGCUUCGACUCAUUCAAAUCCUCUGGUGCUCUGGAGAAGUUCUUUGAGAUCUUCGAGUCUCCGGCACAUGUCAAGGUGCUCAACGACGCAAAUAUCCUGGCAAUGCUCGGUUCAACGUUCGAUGAGCUCGUUAGACAUCACCCAAACUUGCGUACUUCCGUUUUGAGCGCAGUGAUGAUUAUGCUUGGUCGAGUACGGCAUAUAGGCAGGUCAUUCUCCGUCAACAUGGGUGCAGGAGCAAAGUUAUGGCUUGGUGCAGAGGACGAGCUUGUUCCCUGUGGUGGACGCGAGGCUCUGUCAAUGGAGAUUUUGCCGCCACCAUCAACCAAUGUUGACGAGCCCGUCCCUGCCAGAAAGAUCGAAUUGCCGAAUGGCGACAAAUUGAUUCUGGAGGAUGAGAUACUUCCCCCCAGCACCGUCGCUACAACGCCAAGUGAUCAAGAUAGCCACGGGCUGAAAGCCAGUGAUUACGUUAGACCUGCGAUCGCGUUCUUGAUGACUUUCUUCGAGCACCAGGCUCAUUGCACUAGCUUUUUGGAGCAAGGUGGGUGCGAUCUUGUCCUGGACUUCAUCACAUUACCCAGCCUGCCGGUUGCAACUCAACCCUUUGACAGACACGGAGGUAUGUUUCAAGAGCUGGCUGCGGCUGUUCACAUGAUGGCGGAGACCAAGCCGCACGUCGUCCUCCCAGCACUUGUCGACCGAGCGCGGUUUGCCUGUUCAGAGCUGAAACACUUCAGCCAGUGUCAGCCCAAGGAUUGGUCUUGCUAUUUUGGUCCUCUAGUGAAAUCUGCGUCAGACACCAGCGGUACGGGCAAGAGCCUCGCUCCCCAAAUGUCCGAGGUGGAGAUAAAUGGGACUCGCAUUGUCAGAAGCCUGAUGGCCGUCUUUUGUCUGGCCCAGGUGUUAAGCGAGCUCUUCAACAUUCCGAUUUACAACCAGAGACACAUGCAGAAUUUUCUGUUCGGGUUAGUGAACUUGGAAGACGUUUUUGCCGACAUUGCCGAGAUGAUGGGAGCGAUAUCAGCGGCUUGCUGUCGCGAGGUUGUCGCGCUCCAGCGCUCGAUCCCUGAGUCCUGGAUCUCAGCAACACGCCCGGAACAUUUUUCAACUGGUGACGAUGAGGUUGACAAGCUUCUGAGUGUCCGAGACAUCACAUCUCGUCAUACUGGCCAGUCGACACCUGAAGAUGGAGAAGGUAGAGCAGUUUCGGGCCCGGAUUCCGUCGCUCUGAGCAAGGAUAAACAAACGCCAUUUUUCAAGAACGUCCAAACUCUACGCUUUCUGUUGAUUGAGACUCCUGCUGCCAUCACGGACUUUCUGUGUCGCCUUGGCCGCAACAUCGCUGGCCGGCGUCGCCCAGACACUUUCGCCAAACAGAAGACGUCCUUGGUGGCAAAUGCACUUGCGUCAGCCUAUUUGACACAACUUCAGCCAUACUUCCUCCAAUCAAAGACAACUCAAAACGGCGACGCAGAGGAUACGGAAAACCGCUUCACUUACCUUGUGAUUGCCCUAGACAAUGUCCGGCGGAGCUUCUACGAUGAUAGUAGUUCGUCCUCAGGGCCCAUCGCCACACAUCCAGCCCGUCAAGGAUUUGUUGUCGAGGCUUUCCGCAAGGCUGGGGGUGUCAAGACGCUGACGGAGAUCGGCACGGACUUCUUCGACAAAUUGAAGUCAUGUAAGGUCGAGCAUGCCAUUUUUUCAGCAAACACAGGUCUCAAAAUUUGUCUCGAUAUCCUUGAGGAAUUUACCGAUUCAAAGUGCAUCAUCGAGUCGGCACAGUCGAACAACAUGAAGACUGUCGACCCUGGAAGACAAUGCUACUUCGUUCCUGCUCAGGUGUUACUCAACCUACGGAUGGAAGCACUCCCGUUGACGCGUUUGAUCUGGGCGAGUGAAUAUGCGGACCAAGCAUCCAAAGAUCUCGUGCAGAAGCUGGUCUCGAUCUUGAAGCACGUGUUCGUUGGUGACCAUGAGAUGGAAGCAGUGCAGUUCGAUAAUAGCCACCCUACCCUGGCACCGUUCCAAGCGAGGAGGCUGGAGUUUGACUCUUCGAAGAUCAACACUCUCAAAGAGAAGGGCUACAGCGAAGAUCUUGCUCAUGAGGCUUUGUACCGGUCGAAUGCACAAGCGCCAAAUAUUUACACCCCAGCAGAAGAGUACUGCCGAGCACUUCUGGCCAAUCCUCGCCGGAGACGACUACCAGUCCCUGGUAGAGACACUGGUGGCACGGCCGCUUCUGGAAAUAUGCCAGGCGUUGUGACUCCGCCAACAAACUCGCAUUCAUCUUCUGGCUGGAACUCUAUGGGGGCGGCCCACAAUCUACUUCCCAAUAUACAUCAGGCCACGGAAGACAACGAGAUGGAAGAUGUCACCACUACUACAACGUCGAGACCUGCCGAUCAUGCUACCACGAGUGUUUCUUCCGCAAUGGACAUCAGCAACCUCCUUAACAGCGACGUUGAGCCUGAACGAGAGGCACCACAGUCUCCCGAGGCGGAUUUGCCGCGCUCCUAUUCUGUCCAAUCAAUCAACGCCCAGCGAGCACUCAUUAGAGAGGACCUAGCAGAGCGGUGCAAUAAUAUCCUCGAAAAUCACCCGAAUCUGACUUUUGAGUUGUCAGACCUAAUGAUUAGUGCAACAAAGAAACUGGGCGAAGAUCAAGCUAACGAAUAUUGGAGAACGACGGUGGACCUUCUCACCAUUUCAUUACUGUCGAUGCAAGGCGAAAGUGAAUUCGACGAAUCCCGCGGCAAGAAGAUCGCCGCUGCAGCGCACCUGGUGGCUCUCAUUAUCCAGGACGGGGAAGUGUUCAAAGAGGCCCUCGGCAUAUUCCAAGAGUCGUUUGGAGGCCUGCUCUCAUUCUUGAAUCUUCCGGUGCCGGCUGGUCGGACUGACGAAGCCUCUUUCCCGUGGGUUGCGCCAAUCUUGUUAAUCGUCGAGAAGAUGCUGUCCAAGGACUGUGAGCCUGCAGAAGUCAAGUGGGAUCCACCUACAGACAUUGAUUCUGUCACGAAAGCCGUGCUCACGUCGGUUUCUGUGAUCGACAUGGAAGACAAACAUAAACUCUUCGACGGACUCGUGAACCUCCUUCCACGUGUCGGAAAGGAUAAAGGUAUGGCUUUGGCCAUUACCAGGGUUCUAGUCGGCCUCACCCGCACCCGAGAAAUUGCCAGCAGAUUAGCUGAAAAGCGAAACCUCCAGAGACUCUUCCUCAUGGUCAAGCAGCUUACCAACGGGGUGGGCCAUCGAUUGCAAAGUUGUUUCAUGCUCAUUCUGCGACAUAUUGUCGAGGAUGAUGCAACCUUGAAACAAAUCAUGCGCAGUGAGAUAAAGCUUCUAUUCAACUCUCGCAAUACGGCGCGACAACCAGACACCAAUAGCUACAUUCGAGAACUGUACCACCUUGUUCUACGGUCGCCUUCAGUCUUUGUCGAAACGACAAAUGAGAUUGUCAAGUUGACUUCGUGGCAACCACAUGCUGGAGGUGUGGCCGCUCUCGUCUUGAAAGAGACCGAUGAAUCCAAGCCGAACGAUCAAGGCGAAGACCGUACCCAAAGUCAGACACACGAUGAAAGCAGGACCGAUUCCACGCAACCAACAGCCAGCGUUGAGACCACUCAAGAUCCCAUCGAAGAGAACAGCAAAGUUAAGGGGCCCGAGUUGAAGCCUCCGGUUGUCGAGCAUCCGGAUGGAGUCAUCCACUUCAUCCUGUCGGAAUUAUUGAAUUACAAGGACGUCGAGGAUAAGGAAGUUCCAGCUGAGGCGUCGGAGAGUUCAACUCUUAACGGCACAUCCAAUCCGAAUCAACGCAGUGCUCUAGUAGGCUCAUCUGAGGGGCCUGUUAUUGACGGUGCGCCACCGAGGCCAGAGAAAGCGAAGUUUAAACCUGAGGACCACCCAAUCUUCUCCUACCGAUGCUUCUUGAUGUACAACCUGACCGAGCUUCUUCACUCCUAUAAUCGCACCAAGAUUGAAUUCAUCAACUUCUCUCGCAAGGCUGAUCCAAUGGUAGUCACGCCAUCUAAGCCCCGUUCUGGAAUUCUCAACUACUUCCUCAACGGGCUGAUUCCAUCCUGUUAUGUUGACAAGGAGGAUUCUCUCCAAUUCAAGAAGAAAUUGCUUACAAGUGAUUGGGCUAUCCGGGUCAUUGUCGCGCUGUGUUCUAAGACCGGGGAAGCGGGCAAGACUGCUUCUGCUCAAAGAUUCUCGACGCAGCCACAAGUCGAGGACGUUGACGAUGAACCAGACCUGACAUUUGUGCGCCGCUUUGUCCUUGAGCACGCGAUUAAAGCGUACAAGGAUGCAAUCUCUUCGAACGAAUCUCUUCAGAUGAAGUAUAGUCGGUUGUUGUGUCUCUCUGACAUGUUCCACCGUCUCUUGACAAAACCCGCUGUCCCUGAUGGCUCGGCAGGCGCCCAGAAUACUUCCUACAAGGUGCUUUCGCGGAUGAUGUUUGAGAAGAACCUCAUCUCAGUCUUGACCAGCUCGCUCACAGAGAUUGAUCUUGCAUACCCUGGCUCCAGGAGAGUGAUCAAGUUCAUCCUGCGCCCGUUACAGGAGCUCACGACGUUGGCUACUCAGCUAAGCGUCACAUCGCCCGACCUUUUGAACACGGUGGUUGGAAACAUGUCUGAAGACGUGAUCUCAUCUGCCUCUUCGGUUUCGGAUGUUGAUGAAGAACGGGAGGAGACUCCUGAUCUUUUCCGAAACUCCGCGCUUGGCUUGCUGGAUCCUAAUCGGGAUCCUGGCUCUGACUCUGCGACGGAUGAAGAAGACGAAGACGAAGAGAUGUAUGACGAGGCAUAUGAGGACGAAAUGGAGUACGACGACGCUAUUGUUGCGGGCGGAAACGAUGACGAAGCAGUCAGCGAUGAGGAAGCUGAAAUGGGGCCAGACGGUGAAAUUGAGGGCCUUCCAGGUGACGUACCAAUGGAUAUCGAAUUCGUGGUUAACGACCCUCACAUGGAUGUCGACUCGGAUGAAGAUGAGGACGAUGAGGACGAGUCUGAGUCUGACCAAGACGACGAGGAUGAUGACGAUGAGGACGAAGACGGCGAAGAAUUCGAGAUUGGUGAAGAUGAAGAUGCUGGUGAAAUUAACGGAGACGAUGAAAACAACAGUCUCAAUGAAGGCCCAGAAGAUGAAGAAGGAGAAUGGGAAGACGAAGACGACGACGGUGAUGAUACAGAAAGUGCUGACGGACCACAUCGCAUCGCCGGGUUCGACCACGCCGAGUUCUCCUUCCCUGGUGGCAUGAUGCCUAUUGCUGUUGAACAGGAUCGGGACGGUGGCCCGCCCGCCUCUGCAGGUGUCCUCAGCAACCUCCUUCGAGUUUUGGGUGACCACGACCUUGAUGGACCAAUGGGAGGAAUGGCAGAAGAUGGCUUACCAGUCCUUCGACCUGCUAGGGCCGUACGUCCCUCUCGUCCCCAGGUAGAUCCAGGUGUCGUUCCGCCCCCUCCAAUGACUUUCCCAGAGGAGGAUGAGGACGAGGACGAGGACGAUGACGAUGACGAAGAGGAUGAAGAAGAGGGCGACGACAUGGACGAGAACGAUGGAAUGGAGUAUGGUGACUUUGACCACUUCCUACAUGGCGGUGCACGCGAUAUCAUCGAGCACAGCCAUCUGACGUGGGACCAUCCGCCCCUUAUGCGCCGUCAUCGUCCACUUGGUGCCUCGGUCUGGAGUCGUCUGAAUAGACGGAUCGAAGCUCGUGACGAUCUCAAUUCAUCUGGCCGCUCGGGUCGCGUAUCGGGCCAUGUCAGGUCUGGCGAUGAUGGAACAAACCCUCUUUUACGAAGACCUCAGCCAGAACCCCGACAGAGAACAGAGCACGUUGGUACUAGCAUUCUUCUGCCACCUGGGCUUGAGAUGAUUCCAGGGAUCCCUGGCAUGCAACCUCUUCAAGCCACUAUCCACGCAGUCGACGCGCACGGAAUAGGCGGGCAUGGUGCUGUACUUGACGCCAUCUUCUCGGCUCUUCAGCGUGGCGAGAUAGGUGAAGGCCAACUCCGAGUUCGCAUUCCGGCUCCUCUCACAGACUUUCGCGACCCCUGGCGAUCAUCUGGGUGGGAUCCACGCCAUCACCGUCAUGUUCCCCGCGAUGAUUCCCAGCGCGGUAACAACUUUGUCCCCUCGCCGACCAUGGCACGUUGGCAAGAAGAAGUACGACUACUCUAUGGCACUACAUACGUGGAGAAGAUUCAACGUGUCCAAAUUUGGCUCAUGUCGGUCAUGGUUCCAUUUGCUCAGCAAGAGGAGAAAGCACUCAAACGUAAGCGAGAACAAGAACAGAAGGCGGAGCGUGAAGAAAUGGAAAGACUGCAGGUGGAAGCAGAGCGCCGCAAGAAAGAAGCCGAGGAGCGUGAAGAGGAGCGUCUACGGGUCGAGGCUGAGGCCGCAGCAGCUGCCGAAGCUGAAGCCCGGGAAGAGGUUGAUGAGCAUGAAGACGGCGACACAGUUCCCAUGGACGAUGUACAGGACACAGACGCAGGGACUGCGCAAGAGACCACUGAUAACGCAGCCUCAACUUCACCGGCGACUGACUCGCAACCUCGCGUUUUCACCACCAUUAGAGGCCGGCAGAUCGACAUCACCGGACUGGCGAUCGAUAUCGAGUAUUUGGAAGCUCUGCCAGAGGAACUCCGCGAAGAGGUCAUCAUGCAGCAGUAUGCUACCCGGCGUGAAGAAGCUCGUCAAGAAGGGACUAGUACGUCUGGCAUUGAUCCGGACUUCCUCAACGCUUUACCGGAAGAGAUCCGAGAAGAGAUACGGCAACAAGAAGCUCACGCACAACGUCGACGGGAGCGUGAAGAAGCUCGUAGACAAGCUGCAGCCAAUGGAGGACACGCGCAAGCGGAAGAGAUGGACAACGAUAACUUCUUGGCCACUCUCGACCCUGCCUUUCGUCGUGUAAUACUAGCAGAACAACCACCGGAGGUUUUGCGUCAGCUUGACCCUCGUCACGCUGCAGAAGGGCGUGCCCAUGCUAGACGUCUAUAUCAGUACGUCAGAACCGAUGGAGACGCUCGUGAAGACCGUUCGGGUGAAGACGCGGGUCAACGCGACGGCAAGCGGCAGAUUAUUCAAAUGGUCGACAAGUCUGGGGUUGCAACUUUGUUGCGCCUUAUGUUCUUGCCUCAGCAAGGCUCACUACGCACGAAUUUGUGGUACAUCCUCCGCAAUAUCUGUGGCAACCGGCAAACUCGAUCAGAAGUUGUCAAUCUUCUGCUCCUCAUUCUCAAAGAAGGCUCAACGGAUGUGACGGCUGUUGAGCGCAGUCUUGCCAAUCUAUCCUUGAGGGCGAAGGCUACUGUUGGACAGAAGACACCUCAGCCACUCAAGCGUACACUGUCGAUGCAGCCUGCAGGUGGCAUAAGCGAUGAGGUUACUCCUCUUGUGGUCGUACAGCAGUGUCUUUCUGCAUUGAGGCAGCUCUGCACAAGCAACUAUCACACCCGGACUAUCUUUAUCCGCGAAAGUGACGCUAGCCUAGCCUCAAAGAAAGGAAAAGGAAAAGGCAAGGAAGUUAAGGCGGUCAGAUAUCCCAUCAACGACUUGAUCAGCCUGCUCGACCGGAAAUUGAUUGUCGAGAGUUCAUCUUGUCUUCAAUCACUUGCUGAACUUUUGUCUUCCGUUACUCAGCCUUUACCGAAUCUGCUGAAGAAGGAUAAGGAGAAAGCUACCGAUGAGGAGAAGCCGUCUGAAGCCCACGGCGCAAUUACAGAAGAAGAGGUUUCUGCUGGUGCACCUACCGAAGUAGCCCAAGCAGCUCAGCCACAUGUGGAUGUGGAGAUCCAAGACGCGCCGGCGCCUGCUGCUGCCAACGAAGAGAACGAGGCUUCUACAAGUGCAGCUCAACAAUCUGAGACAGCCGAGACGGGGACGAGUGACAACGCCGACACUAGCAACGAGGACUUGACUGCCGAUGGAGCUAAGUCUAAGAAGGCUUUUGAACCGCCCGAGAUUUCGGAACACAACUUGCAACUUGUGGUGAGCAUCUUUGUUGCUCCCGAAUGCAACAGCGACACUUUCCACUCUACCUUAGAGACGCUGUCGAGUCUUUCAUGCGUACCCGGCACCUCCGACGUGUUCAGCAAAGAGUUGAUUCAUCACAUUAAAGAACUUUCGGAAUCCAUCUGCAAAGACCUAGACGAGCUGAUUCCACAGCUCACCGAAGCGCAGUCGAUCACAGAUCUUCAUGUGCUCUCAUCAACAAAGUUUUCACAUGGAGGUUCUGAUCAAGUCAAGCUCUUGCGAGUUCUCCAGGCAUUGGACUAUCUGUCUGCGCCUAAGGCUGAGAAUGAGGAACCUGAGGGAAACACCGUUGCAAAGAGCAUCCUUACAUCGUCGUACGAAAGCCUUGCACUGCGACCGCUGUGGACCAAAUUGAGCGAAUGUUUAACAACGGUCCGCGAGAAGGAUAACAUUACCAGCUUUGCUACAAUAUUGCUCCCUCUCAUCGAGUCCUUGAUGGUGGUUUGCAAGAACACUUCUCUCAAAGACUCGGUCCUGGCACGUCAAAUCAGAGAACAGGUGCCAGGAAGUCCGGCACCGGAAGCUAUGGAUGACCUUCAAGAACUAUUCUUCAACUUCACUACUGAGCACCGAAAGAUCCUCAAUGAUAUCAUUCGUCAGUCACCAAAGCUGAUGCAAGGAAAUGGAAGCUUCAGCCUCUUGGUAAAGAACCCCAAAGUUCUCGACUUUGACAACAAGCGAGCCUACUUUACCAAGCAGAUUCACUCUAGACUGCACCAGCAACGUCAUAUCCAACCGCCUCUACAGCUCAACGUCCGCCGGAGCCAAGUGUUCCUGGAUUCGUACAAGGCCUUGUACUUCAAAUCCGCCGAGGAGAUGAAAUAUGGCAAACUCAACAUUCGGUUCAAUGGCGAAGAGGGCGUUGAUGCAGGUGGUGUCACCAGAGAGUGGUUUCAAGUUCUUGCUCGAGGCAUGUUCAAUCCGGAUUGGGCACUGUGGCAACCUGUGGCAGCCGAUCGCACCACAUUUCACCCUAAUCCUCUCAGUUGGAUCAACGGUGAACAUCUUCUUUACUUCAAAUUUAUCGGUCGCAUCAUUGGAAAGGCCUUGCACGAGGGACGCGUCCUUGACUGCCACUUCAGCCGUGCUGUUUAUAAGCGGCUUCUAGGGAAGGAACCUAAUUUGAAAGAUCUCGAAUCCAUGGAUCUUGACUACUACAAGAGCUUGGUCUGGAUCCUGGAGAACGACAUCACGGACGUCAUUACAGAGGACUUCUCUGUGGUCGAAGAGCAAUUUGGCGAGGAAAAGAUCGUUGAUCUUAUUCCGGAUGGGCGGAAUAUCCCAGUGACGGAGGAGAACAAGAGAGAAUAUGUCAACGCUCAGGUUCGCUACCGCCUGACAACAUCAGUGAAAGACCAGCUCGAGAAUUUCGUCAAGGGGUUUCACGACAUCAUCCCGGCAGAGCUCAUCGCGAUCUUCGAUGAGCAGGAACUCGAGUUGCUCAUCUCUGGACUGCCAGAGAUUGACGUGGACGAUUGGAAAGCCCAUACCGAAUAUCACAACUACAAUGCCAACAGUCCUCAAGUUACGUGGUUCUGGCGCAUCGUCCGCGGUAUGAGCAAUGAAGAACGAGCGAAAUUGUUGCAAUUCGUUACUGGCACCAGCAAAGUUCCUCUCAAUGGCUUUAAGGAUCUUGAAGGAAUGCAAGGAAAUACCUUGUUCAGUAUACACAAGGAUCCAAGUCAAUCUCGCCUGCCAACGAGCCACACUUGUUUCAAUCAGCUUGAUCUGCCUGCUUACGAUGACUACGAUACUCUCAAGAACAACUUGAUGACGGCAAUUAAUCUCGGCGCUGAUUAUUUCGGUUUCGCAUGA